AUGGAUGAUAUAUUAAAUUUUGUGAAUUAUUUGGAGUAUAUUGAAAUUGAUAUAGGCGAUGAUGAUAAUUAUAUACCAAGAAGGUAUCUUCGUAAUGUCGAUGACCCAUUCGAAUUAUACAGCGAUGAUCAAUUUUUUAAACGUUACCGUUUUCCAAAAAGAAUUGUACUUGAACAUUUGGUGCAAUUAGCUGUCUGUGGUGAUCUGAGAGGGAUUCAUCAAAGUACUGUGUCCAGAAUUAUUAAAAGAAUUUCCCACCAAAUUGCUACUAAAGCCAGAAACUACGUAAAAUUUCCUCAAACAGAAAAUGAGUGGGAUGUUGUGAAACAGAAAUUUUACGAUGUCGCUGGAAUGCCCGGAGUUGGUGCUUGUAUUGACUGUACCCAUAUAAAGAUACAAAACCCGGGAGGUCCUAAUGGGGAAGUUUUUAGAAAUAGAAAAGGAUGGUUUUCAUUAAAUGUCCAAGUGGUUUGUGGUCCUCACAUGGAAAUAUAUGAUGUGAUGGCUCGAUGGCCAGGAAGUUAUCACGAUAGUUUUAUCUUCAAUGCAAAAGACAAUAAUAAUGAAGAAGUUGAUGAAGUUGAUGAUCCUUUUAGAGAUAAUAAUCUCAACGGAGAAAUAAUCGGCGCUGCUUCUAGGAGAGGAUACAUUAUCAGACACUUUUCUUAA